AUGCAGAGUCCAGAAUUCGACAAUCCAAUUCUACAUCGACAUAGGGGCUCUUCCCAGGAAACGGAAAGCUAUUACGUUGGCGUUGAUGUAGGCACCGGCUCGGCGCGAGCCUGCAUCAUCGACUCAACGGGUGAAAUCAAGGCUCUGGCAAGCGAAGAUAUCAAGCUUUGGCAUCCAUCAAGCUAUGGGGGAACGCACUAUGAACAAUCUACCACUGACAUAUGGCGGGCUGUCGCAACGUGCAUUCGGACGUGUCUCUCCACUUCUCGAGUCCCUUCUACAAGCAUCAAGGGAAUUGGCUUCGACGCAACUUGCUCCCUGGCAGUUUUCACCUCUGACACCGACGAACCCGUUCCUGUUACCUACCCUGACUUCGCUAAUGAUGGCAACGACCGCAACGUUAUUCUCUGGCUGGACCAUCGAGCGCUCGCCGAAGCCGAAGAAAUCAACGCCACCAGGCAUCCACUCCUCCGCUACGUUGGCGGCACAAUGAGCCCGGAAAUGGAGGUACCCAAAGUGUUAUGGCUGCAGCGGCACAUGCCACCUGAUCUGUUCAGAAAAUGCAAGUUCUACGACCUCGCAGAUGCUUUGACACAUAUGGCGACCGGAACCGAAACACGCAGCUUUUGCAGUGCGGUGUGCAAGCAGGGCUACGUUCCUGUUGGCAUAGAUGGUAGCAUCAAGGGCUGGCAAGAGGACUUCUGGCGCACGUUGGGUUUGGGCGAGUUGGUUGAAGAAGAGUUUGCACGGAUCGGGGGUGUAGAUGGGGUGAACGGAUCAUUUCUGAGCGCUGGCGAGCUUGUUGGCCGCUUGUCAGAAAGGGCAGCAAAGGAUUUUGGUCUCCCAGCCGGUAUUCCUGUCGGGAGUGGUGUCAUCGAUGCCUACGCUGGUUGGAUAGGCACCGUUGGUGCUCGGGUGGGUCUGGACCCGAAGGAUGAGGAGUCUCUACCCAACGACGUCUCCCAGGCAUUCACGCGACUGGCGGCUGUUGCAGGGACAUCAACCUGCCAUCUCGCCAUGUCGCGUGAGCCAGUGUUUGUGCCGGGAGUAUGGGGACCAUAUCGAGACGUCGUCAUCCCGGGCUUUUGGAUGGCAGAAGGAGGGCAGUCGGCGACCGGCGAGCUCCUGAAGCACAUGCUCGAGAAACAUCCUUCAUACCAGGAGACACUCAAGGAUGCCAAGGCAACCGGCAAAAACAUUUAUGAGUUUCUCAACGGUCAUCUGCGGCAGCUCGCCUCGUCCCACAAGGCACCUUUCAUUGGCUACCUUGCUAGGCACCUCUUCUUCUAUGGUGACCUCUGGGGCAACAGGUCUCCGAUCGCAGACCCGACAAUGCGUGGAGCAAUUAUAGGCCUUAGCAGCGACACAAGCCGUGACAAUCUUGCGAUCACAUACUAUGCGACAAUGGAGUUCAUUGCGCUGCAGACGAAGCAAAUCAUCCAGACGAUGAACGAGGCGGGUCAUGGGAUCCGCGGCAUCUUCAUGAGCGGUAGUCAGUGUCAAAACGAGUUGCUGGUGGAGCUGAUUGCGACGGCAUGCGAGAUGCCAGUUGUAGUGCCGCGUUAUGUCAACGCAGCAGUGGUCCAUGGAGCAGCAAUGCUGGGAGCCAAAGCUGGAAGCGCUGGCCCGGAGGGGAAGACGGAGCCACUGUGGGACAUAAUGACACGAAUGAGCAAGCCGGGAAACGUAGUGUAUUCAAAGGCGAGUGAGGCUGAAAAGAAGCUCUUGCAGGCCAAGUACGAGGUGUUCCUGGAUCAGUGCCGGACGCAGCGUGAGUACCGGAGGAAGAUUGACGAGACAUUGGAGCAGGCUGAGCUUGGAGGGAACUAG